GGGGACUUCAACGAGCACCGUAAUUUCUUGCAGGUGAAACCUUCAGCAGAGGAGGGGAGAACUCCGUGGUGGGCAGGGUUACAGCAGAAGGGCUUGGAGGCCUUCGAUGCUGGGGAUGGUCCCUUCCUCCCCUGAAAGUUUUGGGAAUUUGACAGCUCUGAGACAGGCAGCAGGGGCAGGGCUGGAAGAGAUGACCUUUCAGGAAAACUUUUGCCUUGAAAUUACGGUGGUCUAUGGAGCAUCCCCUUUGAGGGAGGUGGGAUGGGGUCCCUCCGAGCUGCUCCCCUCCCCCCUUGUCCCCUCCCCCCCAUCUCAUAGAGGCCUGGGCAGCCAGCCCAGCGUCCUGCCCCUCACUGCACCCUUCCACUCUCUCCCUCUCUCUCCUGGAGUCUCUCUCCCACCCAGCACCAGACACUCUUCUUGCAGGCCCGGUGGUGGUUUGGAUACGGCAGCCUGGGAUCUUUUCUCUUCAAGGGGUGGGUGGGAGGAGGCUGGAGGGCAGAGGAGGUCUUGGGAGCUUGGUGCUGGGGAGGGGUCCUUGCUGGCAAAGGCCCCAGGCAGACUCUUCCUCAUCUUCUCCCCCUCCCCCCGGGUAACCUCUAACCACAUUUUCCUCCUCCAUGCCCUUCCAACCAGGCCAGGCUCUGAGACCUCCCAUUGCCCCCCUCACACACACCAACAUAUCUGCUCAGGUGUCACAGAGCUGGUGGGGGGAGGGCCCAGACUGGGAAGAGCAGAGACUCAGGCACAGGGGGGAAGAGCAGUGGCUAGGUGCGCUGGACAGAAGGUGCAAGCCAACCCCUCAGGCCCCUGGGGACAGGGAGAUGGUGGAGCCCCAGGGCUCAGGCCAGGAGCCUUCUGGUUCCCGCCUCCCUCUGUGUGCCAGACUCCCUUCCCCCUUCUAAAACAUGCUCCUGGCUGCUUGUGCCUGGAGACCCUUGGGUCAAACUGUCCUAAAGCUGUGAAGGGAGGGCUGGCUAUUCCCACUCACCCACCUAAGCCUGCUGAAGAAGGAGGCUGGAAGUGGGGGAAUGAGAAGUGGUUUCUGUCCAAGCCCCUCUAGCCACUGUGGCCAUCCCCCAAGCUGAUGCCAAGUCCCAGCCCUCCCUGUCCCCUCGGGGCCAGCUGCUUUGGUGACAGGCCAAGCAAGAGCAGAGAAUUCACUGCAAACUCUCACCCUGGCCUGUCCGUGGGUUCUGCUAGGAGGGAGGUGAGAGGGAGGCCCCAGCCAUCCUGGAUGGAGGGACGUCACCACCAUGGGAGGAGGAGGGGAGCCUGGCCACACUGACUGAAAGUCUAGACCCCCACCGGGUCAGUAAGGGGAGGCUAGGCAUAGGUGGCUCUGGGACGUGACUGGGCAAGGGUGGGCAGGCCAUUGGUGGCCAACGAGAUGCAGUUGAGGUUUUCCUCCUUUUCAGGGAAUGGGGGGGUGGGGCGGGGCCCCCCACCUUUCUGACAUCAGCGCUGCCUUGGUCCCUCCUCCCGAGCCGGGGAUGGUUGCAGUCUUCGUGUGCCCAGGGACCCUGCAGAAGGUGCUGGAGCCCACCUCGACACACGAGUCAGAGCAUCAGUCUGGCGCGUGGUGCAAGGACCCACUGCAGGCAGGUGACCGCAUCUACGUCAUGCCCUGGAUCCCCUACCGCACGGACACGCUGACCGAGUACGCCUCGUGGGAGGACUACGUGGCGGCACGCCACACCACCACCUACCGUCUGCCCAACCGCGUGGACGGCACAGGUUUCGUGGUCUACGACGGCGCCGUCUUCUACAACAAGGAACGCACGCGCAACAUCGUCAAGUAUGAUCUGCGCACGCGCAUCAAGAGCGGGGAGACGGUCAUCAACACGGCCAAUUAUCAUGAUACGUCGCCCUACCGUUGGGGGGGCAAGACCGACAUUGACCUGGCGGUGGAUGAGAACGGCCUGUGGGUCAUCUAUGCCACUGAGGGCAACAACGGGCGGCUGGUGGUGAGCCAGCUCAACCCCUACACGCUGCGCUUUGAAGGCACGUGGGAGACCGGCUACGACAAGCGCUCAGCGUCCAACGCCUUCAUGGUGUGCGGGGUCCUCUACGUGCUUCGCUCCGUGUACGUGGACGACGACAGCGAGGCGGCCGGCAACCGCGUGGACUACGCCUUCAAUACCAAUGCCAACCGUGAGGAGCCUGUCAGCCUGGCUUUCCCCAACCCCUACCAGUUUGUUUCUUCUGUAGACUAUAACCCUCGUGACAACCAGCUCUAUGUCUGGAACAACUAUUUUGUGGUGCGCUAUAGCCUGGAGUUUGGGCCACCCGACCCUAGUGCUGGCCCAGCCACUUCCCCACCCCUCAGCACGACCACCACAGCCCGGCCCACGCCCCUGACCAGCACAGCCUCGCCCGCAGCCACCACUCCGCUCCGCCGGGCGCCCCUCACCACGCACCCUGUGGGUGCCAUCAACCAGCUGGGACCUGACCUACCUCCAGCCACUGCCCCCGCCCCCAGCACCCGGCGGCCCCCAGCCCCCAAUCUGCAUGUGUCCCCUGAACUCUUCUGUGAACCUCGAGAGGUGCGGCGGGUCCAGUGGCCAGCCACCCAGCAGGGCAUGCUGGUGGAGAGGCCCUGCCCUAAGGGGACUCGAGGAAUUGCCUCCUUCCAGUGUCUACCAGCCCUGGGGCUCUGGAACCCCCGGGGCCCUGACCUCAGCAACUGCACCUCCCCCUGGGUCAACCAGGUGGCCCAGAAGAUCAAGAGCGGGGAGAAUGCAGCCAACAUUGCAAGCGAGCUGGCCCGCCACACCCGGGGCUCCAUCUAUGCGGGUGACGUGUCCUCCUCUGUGAAGCUGAUGGAGCAACUGCUGGACAUCCUGGAUGCCCAGCUGCAGGCCCUGCGGCCCAUCGAACGCGAGUCAGCUGGCAAGAACUACAACAAGAUGCAUAAGCGGGAAAGAACCUGCAAGGACUACAUCAAGGCUGUGGUGGAGACGGUGGACAACCUGUUGCGGCCAGAGGCUCUUGAGUCCUGGAAGGAUAUGAAUGCCACCGAGCAGGUGCACACGGCCACCAUGCUCCUGGACGUCCUAGAGGAGGGCGCCUUCCUGCUGGCCGACAACGUCAGGGAGCCUGCCCGCUUUCUGGCCGCCAAGCCGAAUGUGGUCCUAGAGGUCACAGUUCUGAACACCGAAGGCCAAGUGCAGGAGCUGGUGUUCCCCCAGGAGUACCCGAGCGAGAACUCGAUCCAGCUGUCCGCCAACACCAUCAAGCAGAACAGCCGCAACGGAGUGGUCAAAGUUGUCUUCAUUCUCUACAACAACCUGGGCCUCUUCCUGUCGACUGAGAACGCUACGGUGAAGCUGGCGGGCGAGGCAGGCCCAGGGGGCCCGGGGGGCGCCUCCCUGGUGGUGAACUCACAGGUCAUCGCAGCAUCCAUCAACAAGGAGUCCAGCCGAGUCUUCCUCAUGGACCCUGUCAUUUUCACUGUGGCCCACCUGGAGGCCAAGAACCACUUCAAUGCCAACUGCUCCUUCUGGAACUACUCGGAGCGUUCCAUGCUGGGCUACUGGUCAACCCAGGGCUGCCGCCUGGUGGAGUCCAACAAGACCCAUACCACCUGUGCCUGCAGCCACCUCACCAACUUUGCUGUGCUCAUGGCUCACCGUGAGAUCUACCAGGGUCGCAUCAACGAGCUGCUGCUGUCGGUCAUCACCUGGGUGGGCAUCGUCAUCUCCCUGGUCUGCCUGGCAAUCUGUAUCUCCACCUUUUGCUUCCUACGGGGACUGCAGACUGACCGAAACACCAUCCACAAGAACCUGUGCAUCAACCUCUUCCUGGCUGAGCUGCUCUUCCUGGUUGGGAUAGACAAGACUCAGUAUGAGAUUGCCUGCCCCAUCUUCGCCGGCUUGCUGCACUACUUCUUCCUGGCUGCCUUCUCCUGGCUGUGCCUAGAGGGCGUGCACCUCUAUUUGCUGCUGGUGGAGGUGUUUGAGAGCGAGUACUCCCGCACCAAAUACUACUACCUGGGCGGGUACUGCUUCCCGGCCCUGGUGGUGGGCAUCGCAGCUGCCAUCGACUACCGCAGCUACGGCACUGAGAAGGCCUGCUGGCUCCGCGUGGACAAUUACUUCAUCUGGAGCUUCAUUGGGCCCGUCUCCUUUGUUAUUGUGGUGAACCUGGUGUUCCUCAUGGUGACUCUGCACAAGAUGAUCCGGAGUUCAUCCGUGCUCAAGCCUGACUCCAGUCGCCUCGACAACAUUAAAUCCUGGGCCCUGGGAGCCAUCGCACUGCUCUUCCUGCUGGGCCUCACCUGGGCUUUUGGCCUCCUCUUCAUCAAUAAGGAGUCGGUGGUCAUGGCCUAUCUCUUCACCACCUUUAACGCCUUCCAGGGGGUCUUCAUCUUCGUCUUUCACUGCGCCUUACAGAAGAAGGUGCAUAAGGAGUACAGCAAGUGCCUGCGUCACUCCUACUGCUGCAUCCGCUCCCCGCCUGGGGGCGCUCACGGCUCACUCAAGACCUCAGCCAUGCGGAGCAACACCCGCUACUACACGGGGACGCAGAGCCGAAUCCGGAGGAUGUGGAACGACACGGUGAGGAAACAGACGGAAUCCUCUUUCAUGGCGGGCGACAUAAACAGCACCCCUACCCUGAACCGAGGUACCAUGGGGAACCAUCUGCUGACCAACCCUGUACUGCAGCCCCGUGGGGGCACCAGCCCCUACAACACCCUCAUUGCUGAGUCGGUGGGCUUCAAUCCUUCCUCGCCCCCCGUCUUCAACUCCCCAGGGAGCUACCGGGAACCCAAGCACCCCUUGGGAGGCCGGGAAGCCUGCGGCAUGGACACGCUGCCCCUCAACGGCAACUUCAACAACAGUUACUCCUUGCGAAGUGGGGAUUUCCCUCCAGGGGAUGGGGCCCCCGAGCCACCUCGAGGCCGGAACCUGGCCGACGCUGCUGCCUUCGAGAAGAUGAUCAUCUCGGAGCUGGUGCACAACAACCUGCGGGGUGGCAGCAGCGGAGCCAAGGGCCCUCCACCGCCUGAGCCCCCCGUGCCGCCCGUGCCAGGGGGCAGCGGUGAGGAAGAGGCAGGUGGGCCCGGGGGUGCUGACCGGGCAGAGAUCGAACUUCUCUACAAGGCCCUGGAGGAGCCACUACUGCUGCCCCGGGCCCAGUCGGUGCUGUACCAGAGCGAUCUGGACGAGUCGGAGAGCUGCACGGCGGAGGACGGGGCCACCAGCAGGCCCCUCUCCUCCCCUCCAGGCCGGGACUCCCUCUACGCCAGCGGGGCCAACCUGCGGGACUCGCCCUCCUACCCGGACAGCAGCCCCGAGGGGCCUAGUGAGGCCCUGCCCCCACCCCCACCUGCACCCCCUGGCCCCCCUGAAAUCUACUACACCUCGCGCCCACCGGCCCUGGUGGCCCGGAACCCCCUGCAGGGCUACUACCAGGUGCGGCGGCCCAGCCAUGAGGGCUACCUGGCGGCCCCAGGCCUUGAGGGGCCAGGGCCCGAUGGGGAUGGGCAGAUGCAACUGGUUACCAGUCUCUGAGGGACCUCACGGACCAGGGGCUGGUGGCCCAGGCCAGGAAGGGAACCCUGGGUGGGGCUCUGGUGGGAGAGGGAGGCUGAUGGAGGCAGUGGCUGAUGGGCCACUCUCUGCAGGAGCCCCUCAGCCAUGGGCCCUCCAGGGCUCUGCUGUGAGGGCCCGAGGUGCAGGGUUCACAGACAGGGUUUCCCACCAGCCAUGUGCACCAGCUCAAUUUGGGGGAAGUGCAGUAAGGAGCCAAGAGGUCCCCAGGGGAGUGAGGAAGGAGAAAUUGGAAGGGUGCAGCCCACUCUUGACUUCCCCCUCCCUCCCUACUCUUCCUCCUCCCUGGAGGGAAAUGAGGGCUCUGGAUUCCUUGGGCCAGAGGCCCUGCUGGAUAGAACCUGUCAGCUGCUCCUCUCUUUGCAGCCAGAAGUGCUGCCAGCUGCACCGGGAUGGAGCAGCAGGGGCAGGACAGAUGGACAGGUUCCUCUGCACUACAGUUCCCUGCUCCAUGGAGACUGGGGCCUCUGGCCCAGGAGAGAGCCCUAGAGGGGCAGAAAGCCCCAGGGCAAGAGGAAUGGGCAGUUGUGGCUGGUGGUUUAAAGGUGGAACUUUCUCCGAAGCUCCUUCUCUCUGCUCUUUCGUCCCUGCCUUCCCAGCAAGCUGCCCCUUCAGCCCUCCUUGAGUGCACCCAAUGACCCCCUCCCUUGGGGUGACUCCUGAUGAAGCACAACUCCCCACAGGGCCCCCAGCCCACAGGGGUGGCCAUAUUUGAGCAGUUCCCAGUCCUGUGGGCUUGGCUAUCUGGGGAGCAGAUUUUGGGUCUGGAUCUCCCUGGGGAGUGGGUCCUGGGCUUGGAUCUUUCCCUAGGGGGCCCUCUUACCCCUUCCUCUCCUCUCCUCCUCCCCCAUUGCUGUAAAUAUUUCAAUGAAAUGGAAAAGAAAAAAAAAGACAAAAAAAAGAAAGAAAAUCUCAUCACUUGAAGCCACCGGGAGCCUGCAGCCCGGCCAGCCCGGGAUUUCUCCGGAGCAGAGCUGCGCCGCCGGGCCCUGGAAGCCAGGACUUCUCCAUGUAUUUGUGCAUCCCCAGCCGGGGUGGGCGGGCCGCCAGAGCAGCUUUUUACAAUCCAGAGACAGAAAACAAAAUCUAGAAGCAACAUCGAAACAAAGAACCCGUUUCCUUCCCGGCACCCGUUUCUGUCGCCUCCUUCCCUGCUUUGCCUCUCCCUGGCAUCAGUCAGCCCUCCUGGGGCGUGUACCUCACUGCCUGCCCCAGGACUUGGGGCCUGUCUCCCCCUCCCCUCCCCACUGGCCCGGGGGAGGCACCCUCACACCCAAAGAUGCUUUUGCCAAGAUGGCUGCGCUGUCCCUUUGAGUUCCUGCUUCUUUGUAUACUGCUUCUGGGACUCUCGGCCUGGGAAGGGGUUAAUUUCCCACCUAGAGAGGUUGACAGGGAAAGGAAAAUGACAGCGGGGUUUGAUGGUGGUGGGUAUUAACUGAGAAGGGAGGGCUGGCAGUGGGAGGUGAUCUCUACCCUACACACUCCUGCAUGGGAGGCAAAGCCAGUACCAGGGUCUGGCUAGAGUCAAGACACCUAUGUUCUGAGGGCUCAACCCCAAACCUGCAGAUGUCAGAAGCUCCAGGCUUGGGAUGUCACCUGAGUACCUCUCCCAGCCCCCUCCUCUUCAGUCUGUCACCAUGGCCUUCCCAGCAACCAUCCUAACUCUUUGGGGAACAGCAUAGUCCCAUUGCCAUACUAGCCCAGCCUUGUCAUUGUCAUUUCCCCAGUGGUGGUGGUCCUCCACCUCUGCUCUGAUCCCUCAUCUCUUUUGCCCCUCUUUUCUCACAAGUGCCAUGAGUUUUCAAACAUCUUCGGGUCUUAGCCUGCUGCUGCCAUGAACUUCUUUGGGUUAAGGAGGAGGGAUUCUAGGGAGGAACUAGGAGGAGGGGACAGAUAGGUGGCUGGAGGGACCCUUUUUGCUGCUAGAAAGCCCCUCCCUUCUCCUGGGGAGCUGGGGCUUGCUUGUCCCCAUCAGUUAGGGGAGAAGGGGUCAAACCAAAGAUGGUGGUUUGUCCCACACAGGGGGACAGGUGUGGAGAGAAGGUAAGGUUGCGUUCCACCUGUUUUUUCCUGGUAGGGCGGCUUAACCCCUUUUUUAUAAGACCAUGGGUGAAUCUGGACAGGGAGGUCAAGUAAGGAAGGGAACGGUCUUGCCCAGAUGGCUCUGUGAGGGCAGGAGACAGCUCCAUGGCUUUCUUGGGCUUCGCUAGGCCAGACACUCCUCUAUGGGGAGGGGUGGCUAGAGAUCUAAGAAGAGCUGGUAGGAGACAAGGAUAGAUGAAGGACUAGGCCUGGCCCAGGUAUCAGCCCAGCUGGAGUCAGAGACUGCCUCUGCAGAGACUGCAGGGUGAGAGAGUUCCCUGGGGAACUGGACGCAAGCAAGGAGUCCCACUUCCUCUCCUCUGCCCAGUCCUCCUUUCAUCUCUCCAGACUCCGACAAUCAAGGGGGAGAGGGUGCAGCAGGUCCCUUGGUUCCCAAUCCAGCCAGAAUCACCAAUAUGGGUUCCCAGGCCUCAGAGUUGUAUGGCAGGGCCCCUGGUAGGACUGGACAUCACUACAGUCCAGUAUAAAGCUACCCCGGGAGCCCAGGUAUCCCCCCACCCCAACCAGACCUGGUGCCUUGAUGCCCCCACCCCAGCUGGGACGGUAUAGAGAAGGAAGGGUCUUGGUUUCCUCUCCUACUCCCUUCCUUAGGCUCCUGAAUUCAUUUGCUUUUGAAUCUUAUUAUUUUUCUGGGUUUUUUUGUUUUGUUUUGUUUUGUUUUUUGGUUUUGGUUUUCCUUGCCUUCUUUUUUCUCUGUCUCCACCUCUUUCCCUAUGUCUUUCUCGUCGUCUCUUGUGUUUCUCUUCUCUCACCCUCAAUUUCUAUGUCCAUUCCGGGCCUCCUCCCCCUUCUCCCAUUCCCCUGGUCCCUCCUUGGUCUCCUUUUCGAUAUGCCAAACCAAUUUUGGGUCGAGUGCAUUUAACGAGAACAAAACAAAAGGCUCAUUAACAACAAGAUCGUUUCAGAAAAAAAAAAAAGUUUUAAAAAAUUGUUGAGUCAAAAAAAAAUCAAUAAAGAAAUUAAGAUUUCUUGGAAUGAUAA